UUAACAAAGUUGCGAAGCUCUCCCGACUAGUCUUUUGCUCUCCGGCUAUCGCGUACAACCAGCCAUUUCCAGCGCUAGGAUUGCUGUAUAGCGCGUGGUUCCACGGCAUAACAGUUCUAUAAAAAUCGAUUUCGGAUCCGCGAGUCUAUCGUUAGCGGGGUGGUUAGAGACAAUUCGCCGGUGUAGUUCGGUGUUGACGUUAUACAUAUCUAUAUAUAGAGUAUGGUUAUUUGUUGGUUAAUACAGGGGAAUUGAUUACCAAUUUUUUCAAAACUUAAAAUAAUAGAUUACUAAAGUGAACAUUAUUCGAUUAAAGACUGUUUGAAAAAAGACUGAUGAACUGUUGUUAGUGUGUAAAAGUUAGUGUUUCCGCCGUACGUCGUAGUGCUAAAUGCGUAUUGAUGGUGUUGAGUGUAGCUAGUUUGAGCCCUUUGGCCAGUUUCGGAUUUCAGAAGGGCGACAACAAUGAAAUCGGAGUUUCUCUCGUCACUUAUACGGCCAAACAGAGAGCCUCCAUAAAGUGGUUACUUUCCAAAGCGUUCAACAACAAAGUUCCUGAAAAUAUCCGCGAACCGUUCUACAAAGAUCAUGAGAACCAGGAACACCUCAAACCUCAGAUCGUGGGCGGUCUGGCCAACGCCGAGAUCUACUGUCGCGCACUGGCCAACAUCUACUCUGAUCCCAACUACCAUAACCUCAAUCACUGGGCCAUCCUGCAGACGUUAUCGAGGAAGGGGUCGUACGCGGAGCCCCUGGACGGGUCUCAGUUGACCGAGACGACGCUCAUUCAGACCAACCCGUUGAGAAUGGGUGCCCACAUGACCGUCAUCGAGUCCAUCAUGCUGCUGUACGCCCGCGAAGUGGUGACCGGCGACCGCGUGCUGGCCGCCGUGCAGCGCUUCGGUCACGGCAGGCCGUCGACGCCCGCUUCCGCCGCCCCCGCCACCCACGAGCAGGGCGUGCUGCUGUGGGCGCAGCACGCGUGCGACGCCCUCAGGGAGCGAGUGGUCAGGGAGGUGGCGGGGGAGUCGCCGAUGGCCAACGGUGGUGACGGUGACCGCUUGAAACCCCCCGACUUCCCCACGUGUCGCGACCUGAAGGACCUCUGCGACGGAGUAGGUCUGGCGGCCAUCGUGGCCUACUACUGCCCCGACGAGCUCCAUUGGGCGGAAAUAAGGGUGUCGCCGGUACCGUCGGUCCAGGACAGCCUGCACAACCUCAGGCUGGUCAGGGAUUUUUGCCAGCGGUGUUUGCCCGCCUUCAUUUUCCACCUCCAGCCCGAGGAUGUUACUUAUUUAAGAGAGUCUAUGAAAUUAAAUUUAGUUGUUUUCUUGGCCGAUUUGUUUAAUGUUAUGGAAAUCCAUCCUGCCAGUUGCGUCCGUGAUAAAAUUAGCAGCGAAGGUUUUCCUGCGCGCAACGCUCACGGUGUCGUGCACAAACGCAAUUUGCUGCAACCGGUGGUUACGCCCAUACCGGAUCUGCGCAGCGGCUUAGAUGAUCCCGCUAGCCCUGUAGCUUUUCAAGCAUUGAAAACUCCAACCCAUGUACCUCUGAAGAAAUCCAGUUCGUUACAACAAAGCCAACAAACUUUAGCAUCAGAAUUUAGUGAGGAUAGUCUUAGAAGAGGUUCCGAUGAAUCUUUCGUAGUUCAUAGAGGAAGAGGAAUACCAACUUUAAGAUCUGUGGUGAACGAGGAACCCUUAAUGCCAGCAAGAUUGAAGGUCAGUAAAGAGAAGCAAAAUAAUGACAGCAAGGCUGACGAGCGAGGCGAAAUAGCAGCAGGAAAGCCGAGCAAUUGGGACGAGCAUAGAAAAACUAGUUUCGCCGGUAGAAGAAGCAGAAGGAACUCCACGACUGACGACUCGCAACUAACUAUAGAAAAUUUCGGUGGUAGUCAAGAUAAUUUAAAUUUUAUUGGAAGGAAUCCAGAUAAAGAGAUGACUGUACAUGUAGGUAGAAAAAUAUCCGCGCCCAGUUUCCCGACCCCGAUCGAGAACAAUCCCGUCAGAUCUUCCUUGCAGGACGCGCGAGGCUCAUUCCAAUUAGGUUACGACAAUGGCUGUGAAGAGAAACAAGACGACGGCUCGGAGAAGAUCCAGAGGAUCAAGCGGCAAAUGAGCAGCGACGACAUCACGCUCAAGAGCCGCUUCGAUAAGGAGGCCGUCAUCAAGGAUUUGGUGGACGGCGAUGCGGGCAAUAGGAUGAGUUUUGCCGAUUUGGGCAAGACGAAGAUGAUCGGUGAAAAUAAAGGGAUACAUUUAGUUUAUAUGAACGAUAGAGAAGAGUACCCUCCGAAGUCGAGUUUUCUAAACAAAUUAGGCAAUACGAACGGCAACGCCCCCGCCGCCGAAAAGAAAACCUCCUUCGCAACACUGCCAAACACAACCACUUGGCAACAACAAGUCAAUAAUAUUCAGACUCAGGAAAGUCCGAGCAACGGUGCUGAGAACGGUGGCCCUAGUAACGUCAUGGCUUCUCAGUUGAAUGAUAUUAGGUUAAAAUUAGAAGAAAAACGUCGCCAUAUUGAAAGUGAGAAAAGAAGAAUGGAAGUAGCAAUGAAUAAGCAAAGACAAAAAGUAGGAAAAGCUGCUUUUCUUCAAGCAGUAGUUAAAGGAAGAGGUAAUUUUGUAAAAUCGCCUCCGAACGAUGCUGCCGAGUCGGCCACGGACUCGGCAGAGGGGGGCUCUAGCGAAAAAACACCAAGCCCCUGUCCCCCCGAACCCGUUCCCACACCAAAACCACAGAGGCCGUUUACCUUGCAGGAAAUUACGGACGAUGCCACGACAGUGGAGAAAAAGUGGUUAGACGAUACUCAACCGUUUGUAGAAACUCGUAGAACUCCAGAUUUAGAAAAUAUGGAUUUAGAACAAUAUCAACAGUCGAUGGCUCAAAUGAAUUCUAGUCUUUCUGAUAUUCAAUCAGAUAUUCAAAGGUUAGCCGCUCAGCAAACCCAAAUGCAAACACAACACCAACAAAAAAUUAUCGCCGAACAACAGAAACAGAUAUUGCAGCUUCAGCAACAGCAGCAACAGCUGCAUACGAUGCAGAGGCAACCGUCACAUCCACCGCAACAACAAGAUUACUAUCAUCCUAUCAAGUAUAUGCAGCAAACAUUCGGUCAACCAUUACAAACAUCCUUAAGCGCGCCUCACGUGCCUCAAUCGCUGUACUCGCAACCAAAGCAAGUCGACCCAUCGCAAUUCUUCCUGCAUGAUAGUUCACCAGCACCGCCCCCUACCACUCAGAGGCGUACGUGGGGUCAAGUCCAACAACCGCCGACAGCUCACAUGCCACCAGCGCCUGAUCUCUAUCAGCCUCAACAACCGGAAUUGAGGACCUGGGGAAAACCACAACCUAUACAGUCUGAAAGUACGCCGGGUGGAUUUGUUUUACACCAUACCAUGGAUAGGUUCCAAGAUCGCCAGGACCGCUACCACGAAUCUCCUGUACGACAUACAGACAAUAGGUAUCAAAACGGCGAUCAUGAUCGCACUCUGAAUCAUUCAAAUAGCUUUACACUCAGUCAGAGGCAUCACGACCAGAGUCAAUACAAUACUUCACAUAGCACACCGUCCGCAUCUCCCCAGCACCGUAACGUGCACCGCCAAAUCUCUCAGUUGCUCGACGACGCGUCGACGUCGAAACGUCAAACGUCACCUGUCAACCUGCAACAAAUUGACGCGGCGCCCGCUAGAGAGCGCAAGAUUAGCGUCACUCAUGCACCGGUCGCUGCGCCCCCCGUAGACGAUAUGGAACCGCAAAAUAUCUCGUUCAUUGGCAAUAAUGAAGACGCAGCUCUCAGUGAAAGUUUGAGUCGCCUUAACAUUACUUCAGGCAGUCGAACAUAUCGCAUACCGUCACCUACGAGGCCAUUGAUUUCUAGAAUGUCACCUUUCCAACAAUCUCCCUCGCCGCCAAUAAUGGAAAGCAUACCUCAGGCUGACGUUAGCAGUCUUGAUAAUGACCCCAGUGCCCAGAAAGGUUUUUACAUUAGUUUCGAUGACGAUCAACCGAAGAGGCCAAAACCACCGCUUAGAGGUAAAAGAAUGUCACCUAAAAAGGAGAGAAGUUAUGUGGAAACUGCCGAAGAAGGUGUAGACCGCCGAGAAGCACAAAUGAGGUUUGACAAGAAAAAACAACUAGAACGAGAAUUAGAAGAGGAGAGGCAUAGAAGAGAAGAGCAAGAAAGAUCGGAGUGGUUGAUUCAGCAGGAAAAAGAUAGGGUACGUUUAGAUAGAGAAGCUAGCCGAGAAAGACAGAGGGUGGCAGCAGCCAGUGCUAUUAUUAUAGGAAACGAACUUAGUAAUCCGGACCCGGAUCUAAUCGACGAAAGGGAAAAGAAAAAAGAGAGGAUUAUGAUGCUGUCAUUGCAGAGGAGACAGCAGCAGGAAGAAGCGAAAGCCAGGAAAGAAACUGAAGCUCAGAGGAGGAGGGAGAUGGAGAAGGCGAAAGAAGAGGAGAAGCUUCGAAGGAAAGAAGAACAGGCGGCGAGAAGGGCCGCCAUUUUGGAACAGUAUAAGCUGAAAAAGGCGAUCGAGGAGGCUGAACGAGACGGCAAAACGCUGGACAAGCAAGAUCUGAUGUCCCUCAAACCAGCUCCCAAGAUGAGACCGAAGGGCAGUACCCGACCUCGACCCAAAACCAUACACAUUGACAGCGGGUCUGUGCAGUUGGCCGAAGGUAUGUCAAGAAGUAGAGGUACAAAAGGUUCGACUUCAAAUCUUACAGCCUAUACCCCUUCUUCUAUGAAGCGCGAUUACUACCGAGGCUCUCAAGAUAGUCUGGCCGAUCGAAGCAUGAGCAAUAAUAUGCUUUAUAAAGAUUCCCCAGAUGACAGUCAUGGCAUGUCGCCAUGCCACAGCGCGAAUCAGACCUUGGGCAGGCGCAGUUCUUACAAAACCAGCAGAGACCCCUCACCCGCCCAGGUGCGCGGCAGAUCUAAGAUAUCGACUUAUCAAAACUUUAAGGGACGCAAGUCUAGCUCUCUGAUGAAUUUGUACGGCUCGAGCACAGACCAAGACAGCUUAGCUUACCGUUUCGGCGACACCGAUUCGGGCUUGGGUCGGGCCACGCCCCCACGGCGAGCGCCAUCUCCCGGCAUGGGCUUGCGGCACUUACCUUCACCGUCCGGUCCGGGCAGUCUUCCCGGCCUUAUGUCGAGGGGGCGCAGGGUGUUCGAUGACGGGUCCAGUGACAUUAGCUCGACGCCGAGCAGCAUGAUGGAUUAUACAGGUCCCAGAUUGUAUAAACAACCGGCCACGAAAUCGAACAGAAGCAUUAUGCUGAACGCGGUAGAAUAUUGCGUGUUUCCCGGCGUAGUUAACCGAGAAGCGAAGAAGCGGGUCUUAGAAGAGAUCAACCGAUCGGAAAGUAAACACUUCCUCAUCCUGUUCAGAGACGCCGGCUGCCAAUUCAGGGCUCUCUACUCGUACUGUCCCGAUACGGAGGCGGUCACCAAACUGUACGGCACCGGUCCUAAACAAGUCAACGACAAAAUGUUCGAUAAAUUUUUCAAGUAUAACUCAGGCGGAAAGUGCUUCUCGCAAGUCCACACCAAGCAUCUGACUGUAACAAUAGACGCUUUUACGAUUCAUAACUCAUUGUGGCAAGGGAAGAAAGUCAACCUGCCAAAUAAAAAAGAUAUGGCGCUUGUUGUUUAAUUAAAUUUUAAGCACCCUCAUUGUUAUUUAGUAAUUUAAUCUUACUUCUUUCGUUGUUUCGUUUAACGCUUCUUUUUAAAUAUAUAUUUUACAAUUGUGUAAUAGUGAGCAACUUAGUGUCAGAUAUUACACACAAAAAAUAAUUGUCUAACUAUCGCCUUCAGUAAAUUUCUGUUAAAUUGAUAUAGAUUGAACUGAGAUAUUAGCGAGUAUUAUUUUUUUUAUUCUAUACUAAAUGUUCUUUUUUCAUUGUUUUUUUUUUUGUACAUGUGCCUUUUGUAUUUAUAUGUUCUAAGAUUUGUUUAAAUUAAGUUUUUUAUUUGUGCCAACUGAACCGACAGGUAUGUACGAGAAGGUAUGUGCUUUUUUUGUUUAAAGUCAUAUAAUGUCUGCAAAAUUACUAUGAUUAUAUUAGUGUCAUUCCAGUUAUUGCUCUAGAAUUAGAUAUUUGCAGGACUGUUUUGGUAAAGUGUUAUCUUGAGAUUGUUUAAUAUUAUUUUUCAGCGUGUCAAAAUCUCGACAUGAAGCUUUACCAAUAAUUUUAUAAAACACUAAAAAUAUUUUGCUUAAUAUAUUUGUAAAAAAAGAUUCUUUAUAUAAUGGUGCACUAGCCUAAAAGGAAGAAGAUUGCUUAAAAAUGGAUGUUAUGGAAUUGUGAGAUAAAUUUACAGUCUUAAUUUUUACAGAUAAAAUCUUUUCCCCCCAAAUUCUAUAAAAAAUCUUUUUUAAAGAAAAUAAUUGGUAUACUUUUUACUUUACAUAUUAAAUUGUAAUUACAGCAUUAUACUAAUCAUUUAAUAUCUGUAAAUAUUAUGUUUUUAUAAUUAUAUAAAUAUUUAUUAAUACACUUAAAACAAGACAAAAUCUUUAAACAAUAAAAUUUAAUAACCUACA